AUGGCAUUCCAAAAUAAGGAGUUUCUUCAGUGGCCCAAGCCCAUGAAGGCUGAAGCAAGCCAAAGAGAUCCUGACAAAUACUGUCAGUACCAUCGCAUGCACAGCCACGACACCAAUAACUGUUACCAGUUGAUCAGCGAGAUUGAAAGGCUGAUUAAAAGAGGACACCUGCGAAACUUUGUGAAAAAAGCGGAAGGAGAAAGGCCCCAGCAAAAUCCUACUACAGAAAGACCUCAGAGGCCGAGAACAGGAACAGUGAAUGACGGUUCCAGUGGAACCAUCAAUAUGAUUGUCAGGAGAACUGGAGGUCGGAUGAGCAGGAGAGGAAGAAAAAGGGGCCGAGAUGGGGAAGGCAGCAGUACUGAAGUCAUGCAAGUGGCAGAACAUUCUCCAACGGUCAUCUCUUUCUCCCUAGAAGAUGCCCACGGCAUUCAGAUGCCUCACAACGAUGCUCUCGUUAUUGAAGCCGUCAUUCAUAACUAUCGAGUCAGGAAGAUUCUAGUUGACGACGGAAGCAAGGUGAACUUAUUGUCGUACAGAAUUUUCCAGCAAAUGAGAAUUCUCGAGGAGCAGUUAGUUCGGGAUCAGGCCCCGAUGAAGGGGAUCGGAGGAGUCCCGGUACCUGUGGAAGGAAAGGUGAAAUUGGCUCUGACCCUCGGAGAAGCACCCUUGGCUCGAACUCACUAUGCAGUAUUCUUGGUGGUAAAGCUUCCUCUGAACUACAACGCCAUACUGGGAAGGCCGGUGCUGUAUGAUUUUGAGGUAGUGAUCAGCAUCAGAUACCUGGCUAUGAAGUUACCAACCGAAGCAGGAGUGGGAGUAGUCAAAGGGUGUUAG